AUGUCUUCCGCAACAGACUCAGAGUAUCACUUUCAAAUUUUUAUUACACUCAUUAUUGUAUUCCUCAUCUACGUCUUCUUCGUCGCUGCUAGAUUUGGGGUUGAAUCUGUCCUAAGACUCCAUGAUAAACUAUCUCAAGUUUCUCUUAGCCAACAUCAAGUCGACUACUCGCGACCCAUGGAUGUCCGACAGAGUAUGCAGCAUCCUUACUCUGCCCAAACGAGCCCUCGUGCCUCAGCAAGUCGACGGAAGAAGCGCUACGAUAGCUCUUCGGAAGAUGACCAUGACUAUCAUAAACGAAAAUUGGAGAAGAAAGAUAGAAGAAUACGGGAUCUUGAGAACAAGUUGCGGGAGGCUGAGGGCAAAGCACUCAACGACCGUCUCAAUAACAUGCAAGAAGGAAUUGAGUCGAUAGCUCAGAAAGUACCAAAUUCGUGGAAGGACCACACGGACCGCAAGGACCGCAAGGACCGCAAGGACCGCAAGGACCGCAAGGACCGCAAGGACCGCAAGGACCGCAAGGACCGCAAGGCCUGCAAGGACCGCGAGGACCGCCAGGACCGGAAGGACCGCCAGGACAGCAAUGUCCUCAAGGACUACAUAUACGGUUUUUACCGUACAUACCGUAUGUACCACCAGGGCUACAAUGACGACGUCAGCGGCAGGAUCGGUCUAGGGGAGGUGCUGAGGGAUCAAGGGCCAGCCGAAGCUAAAGGUUUGGUUUCUAAACGCCAAGUAGAUAUUUAUUUCGCUUCCAACUCGAGUUUCGGAGGAUUUCGUAUGUGA